GGUCGAGAGCCGAGCUGAGUUCACUCGUCUCCCGGAGGAAGUCGGAGCUGUCAUGCCUCAGCUGAGCUUCGGGGUGGAUCCACUGGUUUCUACGGUCUCCUCUCUUUGUCUCCGGGAUGAACUGACUCCAGCUGCGGGGACAAGAGACGUGCGUCGGACAGAACCUCCCGGUGCAAAGCGCGCGGCCGCUCCGCUCUCCAAGCCAUGGCCUCCGCGCUGCGCCUCCUCCGCCUCCUCCUCCGGGGGCCACGGUUUCCCUCUGUGCUCCUGCUGCUGCUCCAGCUGCGCCUCGGGCUGCUGGUGUCCGCGGGAGAGCUGGAGAUGAUGGAGCAGGACCCACCGGGGCUCACGUGUAGCGAGGGUUUGCAGGACUGCCACGUGAACUCAGUGUCUCAGUUCUCUGCUGCCUUGCCUGAUCCCAAUGACGCUGUGGACGUUACACACACGCAGCUGAAAGUGAUGCUGUGCUGCUCGGAUGCACAGGACUGUGAACCCUGCCUGCAAAUCCUCAUCACGAUCAUAGCUGCUGAGCAGGUUUCUGAGGAGUCCGGGGAACACGGCGAUGAAGAGGAGUCAUUCAGUCUCUCCAAGACGGAGGGAAGUGGUCAGAACGUGCUCCUCCAACCAACAGCUCUGGUGAAAGUGUGUCUCAGCUCUCCAGGCCACAGCGAGAUCUGGAAGACGCUGAAGUUCAAACUGAGCCUCUCCGCUUCUCCUCAGUCCACACACGAGCUGCUGUUGACCGAGGCGGUGAGGUUUGACAGUCCCGUUGUGGUGCAGGUCUACGCACAUUCCAAGGGAACGCACAACGUCCAAAAUAUCAGUAUCCCAUCUUUGGAGGAAGUUUGUUCCAUGAACCUGGAGGCGCAUGUGAAGGACUGCGAUGCUCCCAGACUCCGGGCUGAGACGGAUCCCAGGACAAACGUGCUCCUCCUCCACCUGGAAAACGCUAAUGCCAGACGAGAGGAUCUCAUGUAUCAGAGGAUGUGGAACGAAAUACCCGGAGAGAUUCUUGCAUGGCCCAAAGGCGAGAGAGAAAUGGAAGUACCUUCAAACUUUAUCACCCCGUGUCUGUGCUUCCAGGUUUGGUGGAAGGGAAAACCACUUCGGAGAGAAUUCUGUCCUUUCAAAAACCAAAAUGACACACUUGAAAGAAUGCAGCACAACGUGUCUGUGUCUCUGGAGGAGUUCCAGGGGGGUGGCACAGGGCUGAGCUGGAACGUGACUGCCCCCUGCAGACUGGAGGCAGAGGUGUGGCUGUGCAAGAGAGAGCUGUCGGUGUGUGAGGAGGUGGCCGGCUCCAGGCAGCGGCUGCACAACCACGCACACGCGGGCUGGAAGGCCACGCGCUACAGACACUGGAAAACAGGAGAGUUCAAUGUGUCAUCACACCCGCUGCUUUGUGUCCAGAUAAAGAUACAUGGGAUGGAGACGCACUCACCCCAGUGUCCAUUUGCAACAUCUCGAUGGAAAUGGAGCCUGCCGCUGCUCAUCGGAUUACUGCUGAUGUGUUUGGCCAUACUCGGAGCCUAUUUCAUACAAGGGGUUCUGAAAGGCUACGUAUGGCGAUGGUUGAAAGAGGACGAAGUGAAAGGUGCAGUGGGUGGUGGUCAUGUGGUGCUGCUGUACCCCCCCGAUGGCAACCAGGCUCUGCCGGGGCUGAUGUGUCACCUGGGCUCGUCUCUCCACGCCCUGGGCUUCAGUGUGUCUCUGGACCUGUGGAGCCAGGCUGAGCUCAGCGUCCUGGGCCCCGUCCCUUGGCUCCAUUCGAGACUGGACCGACUCAAGCGGCAGGGAGGCAAAGUGGUGCUGGUUCUAACCCAGGCCGCCCGGAUAAAGGCGGAAGAAUGGGGAGCCCAGAGCUGGGAGAGAAAUAGAUACGGGGAGGAAGAGGAGGCAGGGAGAAGCAACCCUGCUUCCUCUCCCUGUGUGGAUGUGUUCAGUGCUUCGUUUAGCUGCAUUCUAGCAGACUAUCUACAGGGCCGCGCGGGGGAGCGGUUCAUGUUGGUUCAGUUUGAAUCACUUCCCACAGAGACUCAAGGUGUUGCAUGGCCUCUACCAGAACUCUUUCGUGGCCUCCACGUCUACAGCCUCCCCUCCCAGAGCCUGGGCUUUCUGACUGAGCUGGCCGGAGCUCGGCAAAUGGCCACUCCCUCGGCCAGACGGAAGAGGGCAGGCGGCCUCAGGGUGGCAUCCCGAGCUCUGGCGAGAGGCCUGUCCGGGUUCACAACAGGGACAACAAUAUUACGCUUUGCAGGGAUGUCCCAGAGCUGUGGUGGGCUUGGAGAGUCUGGAGAAAUGGUGCCGUUGCAGCCAUGUCUUAUUACGCCUCCCUCCAGCCCAGACACAAGCCCCAAGCGAGUGAAGUGGAAUGGGUCUGACAGCAGGACAGGACGUCCCAUGAUCAGCAGCCAGUCAUGACUUGAAAGAACCUGAAAUAAUAUUCACAGAGACUCAUGGAUAUCAUUGUUUCCAUUUGCUGGUCAGAGCCUCAGGGGGAGAAGAGCUUCCUGCACGUGUUUGGAAGCAGACAGAGACUCAGUUGUUAUUGUUGCUGCUCCAGAGAAAUUAAAGUGAAUAACAUUAAAAAUCAACACUAAGAGAAUUCACUCAGAAAAAGAUGAAUGAAUCAUCACUAAAUGGUCUGUGGGGAAAGAAGCCUAAUUCACAAACGUUACCUCUGAGUGAGCUUAUUAACUACUAUCGAUGCUUCUGAAUGCUAAUGCAUUAAAUCCCUAAGAGACACAAACUGUGUGUUGCACUGUGCUGUGUUAAAUGUUAAUGAAAAUGCAAGAAACCUGGGAGGUGUGCUGAGGUAGCUGCAGCUGCCCCCGCUGGCGAGAAGCUGUAAUUACAUGGCAUUAACAUUUGAGAAUUGUAUUUGAAACAAAUAUUGUUUUCAGACAAAUUAACACACAAAUCACAAGCCUACUGCUCUACAUUCAAUAGGAUGUGACCUCCAGUAUCCCUGUGUUGUAACACUCUAGAAAUAUCACUGUUUGCCUUUAUUUAAAAAUAUUUUACUCAGUUUGUAAUAAAAUGUUUUAAAAGUUGAAACGA